AAGGAGCUUUAGGAGUGGUGGGACAGAGAUGGCACCCCGGGUCUCUGAGGCACCUGUUCCUUUCUGAGUCAGACAGGGAGGGAACCAGAUUGGGAUCAGACCACUAACAACGGACCAGAGGAUGUUCUCUAAAUAAGACCAUGGAGCUUCAGAAAAUCAACUCUCUUCUCAUCUACCUCAGUUUCUCACUGCUCAUCUACAUACAGAAUUCUUUUUGCGAUAAAAACACCACCAGGUGCCUCUCAAAUUCUUGCCAAAAUAAUUCUACAUGCAAAAGUUUUUCACAAGACAGCAAGUGCCAUUGUUCAGACACAGCCAAUAACUUGGACGAAGACUGUGACAACAUGAAAGAUCCCUGCUCCUCCAAUCCUUGCCAAGGAAUUGCCACUUGCAUGAACACCCCAGGAGAAAGGGGCUUUCAGUGCCAAUGUCCUCCCGGGUAUAAUGGGGUGACUUGUGAAACUGCCCUUGGCUCCUGUGGUAUGGGCUCAUGCCAACAUGGUGGCACUUGCCUUCAGGACCCCGUUCACCCGGUCUGCAUCUGCCCUGCUGGGUAUGGGGGAAGAUUCUGUGAGAUAGAUCACGAUGAGUGUGCCUCUAGCCCUUGCCACAAUGGGGCAGUGUGUCAGGAUGCAAUCAAUGGCUAUUUCUGCUUCUGCGUCCCAGGAUAUCAAGGGAGGCACUGUGACUUGGAAGUAGAUGAAUGUGUUUCGGAUCCCUGUAAGAAUGAAGCUAUAUGCCUCAACGAGAUAGGAAGAUACACUUGUAUCUGUCCGCAAGAUUAUUCUGGUGUCAAUUGUGAAUUACAAGUUGAUAAAUGUUGGUCCCAGCCCUGUCUAAAUGGUGCAACUUGUCGGGAUGCUCUGGAGGCUUAUUUCUGUGACUGUGCCCCUGGAUUCUUAGGAGAUCACUGUGAACUCAGUAUUGACGAGUGUGCCAGCCAGCCCUGCCUCCAUGGAGGGCUAUGUGUAGACGGAAGAAACAGAUAUAGCUGCAACUGCGUGGGUAGUGGAUUCACAGGAACACACUGUGAGACCUUGAUGCCUGUUUGCUGGUCAAAACCUUGUCACAAUAAUGCUACCUGUGAAGACAGUGUUGACAAUUAUAUUUGUCAUUGUUGGCCUGGAUACUCAGGUGCCCAGUGUGAGACAGACAUAAACGAAUGCAGUAGCAAUCCCUGCCAGUCUGGUGGGGAAUGUGUGGAGCGCUCCUUGGAGAAACAAUAUGGACGCAUUGCCCAGCUGCCUCCUCCAUUCAGUUAUCACGAAGCCGCAGGUUAUGUUUGUGUUUGUCAGCCUGGAUUCACAGGAAUCCACUGUGAAGAAGACAUCAAUGAAUGUUUAUCACACCCCUGCAAAAAUGGUGGCACUUGCGAGAAUUUACCGGGAAAUUAUAGUUGCCAUUGUCCAUUUGACAACCUUUCGAGAACAUUUUAUGGAGGACAAGACUGUUCUGAUAUUCUCCUGGGCUGCACACAUCGCCAAUGCCUAAAUAAUGGAAUUUGCAUACCUCACUUCCACAAUGGCCAUCAUGGAUUCAGUUGCCUAUGUCCAUCUGGUUUUACUGGGUCACUAUGCGAAGCUGUCACCACACUUUCAUUUGGGGGCAAUAGCUUCCUGUGGGUCACAAGUGGCUCACAUACAACCAAGAGCUCAGUCUGUAACAUCAUCUUCAGGUUUCAGACUGUUCAACCCAUGGCACUUCUAUUUAUCUGGGGCAGCAGAGACAUGUUUGCAAAGCUGGAGUUGCUACAUGGCUACAUUCACUUAUCAGUUCGAGUUCACAAUCAGUUGCGAGUGCUUCUGUAUAUUUCCCACAACACCAGCGAUGGACUGUGGCACUUGGUGGAGGUGAUAUUUUCAGAGACUGUGACCCUUUCCCUCACUGACGACUCCUGUAAGGAGAAAUGUGUCACUGACGCUCCUUCUCCAUUUGAAAUUAAUCAAUCAAUAUGUGCUUUCCGGGACUCUUUUUUGGGUGGUUUACCAGUGGAAAUGACCAGAGAUGGCAUUGCACUGCUUGACAUCUAUAAUACAGCAUCCACACCUUCAUUUGUGGGCUGUCUCCAAGACAUUAAAUUUGAUUCAAAUCCUAUUACCCUGGAGAACAUUUCAUCUGGCUUGUCAUUAAAUAUCAAAGCAGGCUGCAUGCGAAAGGACUGGUGUAAAAGUCAACCUUGUCAAAAUAGAGGACGUUGCAUCAACUUAUGGCUUGGCUACCAGUGUGACUGCUAUAGGCCUUAUGCAGGCCCCAACUGUGUGAGAGAGUAUGUGGCAGGCAGAUUUGGCCUGGAUGGCUCCGCUGCUUAUGCUGUCUUUAAGGUUGAUGAGAAUUAUGGACGGAACUUCAGCCUUUCCAUGUUUGUGCGAACACAUCGACCAUCAGGCUUUCUUCUAGCAUUGGAAAACAGCACUUAUCACUACAUUCGUGUCUGGUUAGAGCAUGGCAGACUAGCACUGCUGACUCCAGGCUCUCCAAAAUUACUAGCCAAAUUUGUUCUAAGUGAUGGAAAUUUCCACUUAAUAUCUUUGAAAAUCAAGUCAAAUAGAAUUGAACUUUUUCAGUCUUCACAAAAGUUAGGAUUUAUUUCUGCUCCUACAUGGAAAAUCCAGAAAGGAGAUGUCAUCUACAUUGGUGGCCUGCCUGAUAGGCAAGAGACUGAAAUUAACAGUGGAUUCUUCAAAGGCUGUAUCCAAGAUAUAAGAUUAAACAACCAAAAUCUGGAAUUCUUCCCAAACUCAACAAACAGUUCAUCCCACCAUCCAGUUCUUGUCAAUGUGGUCCAAGGUUGUCCUGGAGACAAUGUUUGCAAGUCUAACCCCUGCUUCAAUGGUGGUGUCUGCUAUGCCCUGUGGGAUGACUUUUCCUGCGCCUGCCCUGCGAACACGGCCGGCAAAGCCUGCGAGGAAGUGCGGUGGUGUGAACUCAGCCCGUGUCCUGCCAGCACCCGCUGCCAGCCGGUGCCCCGAGGGUUUGAAUGUAUUGGAAAUGUUGUUUUGAGUGGACAAAGCAGUAACAUAUUGUUCCAAAGCAAUGGAAAUAUUACCAGAGAGCUCACUAAUAUCACAUUUGGUUUCAGAACAAGGGAUGCGAAUGUGAUAAUACUUCAUGCUGAAAAUGAGCCUGCAUUUCUUAAUAUCAGCAUUCAAGAUUCUCGAUUAUCUUUUCAGUUGCAAAGUGGCAACAAUUUUUAUAUUCUGCAACUGAGAAGUUUGCAGUCAGUGAAUGAUGGCACAUGGCACCAAGUGACUCUUUCCAUGACAGAUCCACUGGCCCCGAUCUCCAGGUGGCAGAUGAAGCUGGACAACCAAACAUCUUUUGUGACCAGUGCAAUUGCUACUGGAAGCCUCAACUUUUUGAAAGAUAAUACAGACAUCUAUGUGGGUGACUCAUUUAUUGACAACAUGAAGGGUUUUCAAGGAUGUCUAAGUACAAUAGAAAUUGGAGGCAUUUAUCUUUCUUAUUUUGAAAAUGUUCAUGGUGUCACAAAUAAACCCCAGGAAGAGCAGUUUCUCAAAAUCUCUACCAAUUUGGUGCUUACUGGCUGUUUGCAGUUAAAUGCCUGCCUCUCCAACCCCUGUUUGCAUGGAGGAGACUGCGAAGACCUCUAUAGCUCUUAUCACUGUUCCUGUCCCUCGGGAUGGUCAGGAUCACAUUGUGAACUCAACAUUGAUGAAUGCUUUUCAAACCCCUGUAUCCAUGGCAACUGCUCUGACAGAGUUGCAGCCUACCAAUGCAGGUGUGAGCCUGGAUACACUGGUGUGAACUGUGAAGCAGAGAUAGACAAUUGCCAGAGUCACCAAUGUGCAAAUGGGGCCACCUGCAUUAGUGACACUAACGGCUAUUCCUGCCUUUGUUUUGGAAACUUUACAGGAAAAUUUUGCAGACACAGCAGAUUACCUUCAACAGUCUGUGGGAAUGGGAUCACAAAUCUUACUUGUUACAACGGAGGCAACUGCACAGAGUUCCACGCUGAAUUAAAAUGCAUGUGCCGGGCGGGUUUUACUGGAGAACGGUGUGAGCAGGACAUAGACGAGUGUGCCUCGGCUCCCUGCCUCAACGGAGGCCUGUGCCAGGACCUACUGGGCAGGUUCCAGUGCCUCUGCGACGUGGCCUUCGCCGGCGACCGCUGCGAGCUGGACUUGGCAGGUGACAUGACUUCGGACCUUCUCACCGCCAUUGGCUCAGUGACUUCAGUCCUGCUACUCAUCCUCUUGCUGGCUGUGAUUGCUUCUAUUGCUGCCUCCAACAAGAGGGCAACUCAGGGAACCUACAACCCCAGCCUUCAGGAAAAGGAGGGUGCUCGAGUGGAAAUGUGGAGCGUGACGCCGCCCCCCACGAUGGAGAGGCUGAUCUAAGGACUGCUGACUCUCUGAGAAAGGGAUCUCCAGGCAGUGAAAGUGAUGCUUGCAUAGUAGGGAUUGUGACACACACCUAGAUGCAUUAGUUUACACCUGGGGUUACACUGGAACUGGGGGAAAGGUUUCUUUUACCACCGGAAAGAUUUUCAUAUGGUUCACAAUGGUCCAUUUUGAUGCCAUUGGUUUAUUAUAUUAGUCACGACAACACAGUGGUUCUGUGCUGUUACUUUCAACUUCCUAAUUAGCAAACACAUCUUUCAGAGAGCAGGAUCUUUUAUAAAAAUCUCCACUGGUUGUUUCUUAAGUUCUUUCCUCUUUGCAACCUGGAAACUUUAUUUUGUUUGCCCCCUAGAGGGCAACUAUUUUAAGCACAGAAGCGAAGGGAUUUGGGGAUAAACUUUUCACUCCUUUGAUCAUAUGGUGAAAGAUUUUAGUUCUAUGCUGUGAUGAAAGAUAUACUUUUGUUUUCCAAAAAUCAUGGAUUCGAAAAAACCCAUGGAAAUGACUUUUGUUUUAAAAAGUGACCAAAAUAUGACAAAUAAAAAUUGAGAUGUGGUUGUCCA